CCCUCGGGUAGGGUUGUUAGGCUGAGGUGGGGGAGCAGGACGCGAGUUUGCGGCUGCCGCUACGGCUGCCGAUGCUGCUUCUGCUGCUUGGGUUUGCUUUCCAGUCAAUCUUGCUGCUGAGGCCUGGAGCGCCGCCAUCGGGGGACUGGGGACUCCCUGUGAACCCACCCCUAUUUCCUUGGGGGGAGGGAUAGAGAGCGUCGAGGUGAAUCGCGCGGGGAACCCUCUGCUGACGGGGGGACAGUGAGGGAGGAGGAUGAGAGCCUGAGCCAUCCAUCACUGCCGGCAGCAGGAUCAACAGGACAGGUUUGGGGGUCUCAGGAAAGAGAGUGGGGUUCAAGUAAUUGCUUAGGGCACGUGAAAGGGGAUCCUGGGGAGUGCAGUACCGCGAGGGAGGAAGUACAAAAGACAAGUUAAUCUGGGGAGUACCAAGGAGAAAGUGGGGUGCAACACUUCGGAGUAGCUAGCUGGAGGUCAAAUAGCUCCAUAUUUUGGAAGACUGCAUCAAGACUCCCCAAUAAUAUUUUGUGAGAUAUCCAGAGUGAAGUUAAAGACCCACUAUUUUGGGGUGACAGGAUGUAAGAAGGGACCUUCCAUACUCACUGCAUCUUGAUAACCCCUAAGGUGCUGGAGCUGGAAGGGCACGUUUUAAAGCGCUAGGGAAGUAGAGGUAAGGAUAAGUUUAGAGGAUACAGAAACCAGGGUCUUUCGGGGUUUGAGGUGGUAGAGAGUGUUAACUUAAUGAAAAGGGGAUGAUUUGGAAAGAAGCUCAAGACCCUAGCAAAUGGAACCUCCCAGAAGUUCUGAGCUAUAGGUUUUGAGAGUGAUGAGAAGAGGUAGAAGACACAUUCCAAUCUGGGGAGGAAAGGGUGGCAAAGAGGACCCCCAAUUCCCUUUAACCUCAUAGCUGCUUGCUGCACCAAGUGUUGCUGCGAUAGAUGAUUUGGGGAUGUUGUAGUCCUCACCCUUUCUAGAUUUCUUUAUCUGAUAAGGUGGAGUUGUGAGAUUCAUUUCUGUUAUUUCCCAUAGUGAAUUAAGGUCUACAAAGUCUGGGCAGCAGAGAUUAUAUGGAGAGGUGCAGAAAAACAAGAACCUUGGAGUUACAUCGAUUUAAGGCCAGGACUGUGAAGGAAAGGAGAGAAAAGCUGGGGCUAUGAGGAAGGGGGGGAACCAAGGGAAUUGACUCCAAGGGCUGGACAAUCACAAAGCUUGAACCAAGAAGAGUUUAAGGAUUCCCUUCAAGUUUAGGGAUUACAGGGGGAAAGGGCAAUUGAAAGGGUCUCUUUUGAGGUACUUAGGAGGGUUUGUUGGGGUACUACUACUUGACGGCAAAAAAUCCAGGAACGCAGAAGGGAGUAUCUGGGAUAAAUUUGGAGGUACAUACACUGUUUUCAAUUGUGGGGGGAGAACAUUCUGGGAGCCAGCUUGAGUAUUGUGUCCUAUUGAAGAACCUUCAUAUAGUUUGGGUUGUAUCUCUCCUUUGUGAGAGUGGCAGAGUUAAGGGACAUCAUAGGGAGAUUCGACUGUCCCUUAAAGGGAGGGAAGGUGGUUGGAGAUGGCGGCGCUGGCCAGCAGUCUGAUCCGGCAGAAAAGAGAGGUACGAGACCCCGGGACAAGCCGACCGGUGUCAGCCCAACGGCGAGUGUGUCCGAGGGGUACUAAGUCCUUGUGUCAGAAACAGAUAUUGAUUCUGCUCUCCAAGGUCCGUCUGUGUGGGGGGCGACGGGCGCGGCCGGACAGGGCACCGGAACCUCAGCUCAAAGGCAUCAUCACAAAGCUUUUCUGCCGUCAAGGUUUCUAUCUCCAGGCUAAUCCAGAUGGGAGCAUCAAUGGGACACAAGAGGAUACCAGCUCUUUCACUCAGUUUAAUCUGAUCCCUGUGGGUCUCCGAGUCGUCACUAUCCAGAGCACCAAGCUGGGACACUAUGUAGCCAUGAAUGCUGAGGGGCUACUCUACAGUUCGCCACACUUUACAGCAGAGUGUCGCUUUAAGGAGUGCGUGUUUGAGAACUAUUAUGUCCUCUACGCCUCUGCCCUCUACCGCCAGAGUCGUUCAGGCCGAGCCUGGUAUUUGGGUUUGGACAAGGAAGGCCAUGUCAUGAAGGGAAAUAGAGUCAAGAAGACCAAAGCGGCUGCCCAUUUUGUGCCUAAGCUCCUCGAAGUGGCCAUGUACCGGGAGCCUUCCCUGCACAAUGUACCUGAGACGUCUCCUGCAAAUGACAAGCCUCCUCCAGCCUCUUUGCCUCCUGAAACAUAACGGUGAUGUCUGGGACCACCCCUCAAGUCUUCCAUCAAGACAGCCAUCCAGAUCCCAGACUGAGCUAGUCAUUCUGGUCUCUCAACCUGUUACAUUCCUUCCUUGCCACUCCCCUGCCACAAGCCAUAAAUCCCUAAUUUAAAAUGUUUCUAACUUUCCUUAGGCAAUGUAGGGAGGACUACAAGAGUGUGGCCAUUAUAGGUAAUCCAGACAUUAUCAGAAAGAUUAUGUAUUGUCUGUGACUUUUGGGCUCUUGCUGCAAAACUGAAAUCCUAGUAAGAUUUGCUUUUUUGACAAUUUUCUGUAUCAAAGAACCCUUAUAGAGGAUCUGAAACAUUGCAAUAUCAUUAAGGGGCCAAAUUAUUAUGGUUUUUUUUUUUCAUUUUCUACUCAAGCUCUCAGAAAACUUCCAGAGAGAUGAAGCUGUGAGUACUAAAUAAGGAUAGACAAAACCUGGUUUCUAGAGUCCUUUGCCAUUUUACAUAACCACAGAGCCACAGUCAACUAGAGCACAGUUCUUUUACUCUGGAUUACCUCCCCUCCCCCUGUCUUCUGACUUUGUUCUGGAUAUAUUCCGAAAUCUGGAUCCCACCCAGAGUCAAUUUGCCAUCAAAAUCUUCUGUAUUACAGUAUCAGCUAUUCUGAGUCAUUGAAGAUUAAUGUUGUUGAUCAAGAUUGAUUCUUGAUCUAGAUAUGGAAGAACCCCGCAACAAGAACACAGCACAGACAUUGUCUUGGUCUUCACUGAACUCCAUUGUAAACUACCACUGUCCUAACAUCUGGCCUGCAGGGACCCAGUUCUAGAAUCUGUUCUACCGACUUAUGGUUCUAGCUUAUAGCUGAAAUCAUCCCUUUUCCUUAGAUGGAGCUAGAGUCUGAAUAGCCACAUGCUUACACUAGGAGACAUUUUAGACAAUGGAUCACACUUCUUCCAUAAAUGCUACUUGUGGUCCAGAGAGAUUACAUUAUAUAUGGACCAAAACCCAUUUCCUUUAUUGUCUGUGGAAAGUUUUCUAAAAUUCUUAUUCUUCCAUAUAGGGAAAAAACCCAAAUCCAUCCUCUUUUUAAAUGCACUUUCUAAAGCUUAGGAUUCAAUCUCUCCCUAAACAUAGCUAGUUGCAGGGCAGUAGGACUGGGGAGUCUAAGGUUAAAGAGAUGGCCAAAUUCCUAUUUAAUGAACUUUCAGGGUGAAGGCCCAGAGACCCAGAUAUGGUGGAUGAGAGGGAGGAAAACAUUUGGGGGUGGAGACUAUGGGAACAAAUUCUGAAUUAUAUGGAAAAAUGAAUACUUAGCUACCUCACUAGGGACUUCUUAGGGGUCCUCCAUAAAUAUAAUGAAAUUGUCACCGACUGUGAUGGAAAGAGGAUAAUGAGCCAACUGGUACAAGCUGUGCAUAAGAGAACAAAUAAGGAACCAUCUAAAUCAGCAAUAACAUUCUUAUCUUGGUCAAGUAAUGUUAGGGAACAUUGGUUCGAGGUCUCACUUCCCCCAAAUUUUAAAUCAGAAUAGAAUAACCCUGGGUUUCUAAGAAUUUUGCUAGGGAAUCAAAAUCUCUGGAAGGUCUUAACCAACCUAGAAAGGCUUCAAAUAUGCCCCAGACACAGCCUGUUGUCCAAAUUGUCAAGUUGUAUUCAAGAUGAUGAACUUUGCAGGUAAGGCCAGUUUCAAAAGCUAUUUGCUAAAUUGCAAGAAGGUUUGUAAUCUAUAUUAGAGGAGUGCUCAAACUGAUGAGAUCACAAAUCCUUGAAAUAAUGGGAAAAAUAUUGAAAUAUUGAAUGUGGUUGUAAAUCACACUUCAACUAGGUUGAACCAAAGAAAGGGAUGGUUGGCAGAUGGAAUAAAUAAGAGCAAAAUGAGACUAGAACAAAUCAGUUGAGGAGUAAAAGGGAAUAAGGGAGUUAUACUCCAACUCCCUAGAAACAUCAGGAAGAAAUCAAGGCAAUGAUGGCAACAAACAGGAACCACUAAGAGAAAGAAUAUUGAACUGGUGUCAGAAUGAGGGAUUAUCUCUCAGAAUCUAUUUCAACCUCCCCAGAUUGUUAACAUGAUCGAUGAAACCUCAAUCCCAUCCUAUGCCCUACUAUCACAGACACCAACUGCCCAUGAAUCCUCUUGCUCCAAAAACAAGGGUCUUUCUCUUGCUCAUUUCCUCUAUUAAAGGCAAUUUGUACAAUC